AUGGAUUCCCGAUUGGUUGGAUUCUCCGGUUCAAUGAAUGGGGUCACUUUCCAGGAGCAAACCCUCUUCUCUGAUCUAACUCACUACGCCAACAUUGUCACAAACAGCAACUUCACUCAACCUUCACCUUUGACAAGCACAGAAGGACACACAAAACUCAGAUAUGAAAUCAACAUUGUUUCAAAGGACACAAGGAGACACAACUUUCAAUCCCAGAAUCCCCAAUCGACAAAGGAGGGCCUGAGCGGCGGAGACGAGGGAGAGAAGGAGUCGAUGGGAUGGGAUUGGCCGAUUGGGUCGCUGUGGGUCUCGAUCUGCUGCUACUGCCGAUGCGUUGUGAUGCUGCUACUGUCCCGCUGUUGA